GACCAAUCAUUAUCGGAUUCAAUCUAUGGCACACUAAUGUCUGCAUCUUGUGUAGCCUCAUGUACAGGCACAACGCGGAGACCCGAAGAUUGCGGCUGCGGCUACGGCUGAACGCCAGCUAGCCUCGUAAGGCGAAGCAUGCUGCAUGUUUAGGGCUACGGCGUAGCUCAGCUUACAACAACAGCGCCCUUUUUAAUCUGUUUCUUCAUUUCAUAUCAGUAGGCGCAAAACUCAAAUUCACUGUGCAUUCUACCAGGCUUAUCCAUCCCUACAAUCUUCAACACAUCUUGAUUCCAAGUAACUCCUGCCAACCGUGUUGUCCAUCGUCUUACCAGCCCCGGACUCUUCGACUCCGGCAUUUCCAUCUGUCAACGGAACAAAACGCCUUUGUUGUCCAACAUGAGACGUAUAUCAGGCCUCUUCUCGCCCCCCAAAACCACCUUCCAGGUCCUCUCAGACCUGCAUUUGGACCACGACUCACAAUACCUAACCUUCCACAUCCCCGUCAGCGCGUCCUUCCUAAUUCUCGCCGGCAACGUCGGCCGCCUAAUCGAUUACGAGUCCUACCUCUCCUUCCUAGUCCGGCGGUGCAACCUGCACGAAAAAGUAUUCCUCGUCUUGGGCUCCCUCGAAUUCCACGGACUCGGGUGGAUGGAUGGCCUGCAACUAGCACACAAGAUGGAGAAGGAGCCGUCGACGAAGGGAAGGCUGGAGGUGCUGUAUGAGACGCGGAGUGAGGUGCCGGGGACGAAUGUGGUGUUGCUUGGUGCGACGCUUUGGAGUAAGAUUCCUGAGGCGGAUGUUGCAACUGUGAUGAGCAAGAUGCCUGAGUUUGAUGAGAAGAGCGGGAUUCAGGGGGAUUGGAUUGUAGAGACGCAUAAUGCUGAGCAUAAGAGGGAUUUGAAAUGGCUGAAGCAGGAAGUGGGCAAGGCGACGAAGCCGGCUAUAGGGCCUGAUGGAAAACCGGUUUCUGGGUUUGUGGCAGGUUCGGAGGCGAAGCAGGUCGUUGUUGUAACGGCGUUUGCGCCAGAUUUGAGGGAUGCGCUGCAUCCUUGGCAGGUCGAUGCGCCGUGGAGUUCGGCGUAUGGGACGGAUUUGCUGAAUGGGACAGAGUGGGCAGGUGUGAAGAUGUGGAUAUGUGGAACAACUGGGCGGACGUGUGAGUUCAAGAAGAAUGGUACGACGGUGGUUUGCAAUCAGAGGGGACGUGAGGGUGAUCAUGUCACUGGACUGUUGAAAGAUGGGAUGUCAGAGAAGCAAAAGAUUGGGUUGUUUGACGUCAUGAGGGUAGUCAGGGUGUGAGCAGCUAUAUGUAACUACGUGGCUCAAGUCACCUGAUAUCCUAUCAUGGGAGGCACUGCCCGAGGGUAAGUGCACUUACUUCUGAGCCAAGAGCUUCUGUACAAGAACAUCACCGACAACACAGAUAGCAAUAGAAUC